GGCGCGCGGACGACUCAGCGGCCUGUAACCAUGCGCGGCUUGGAGAAGCAGGGCCCGUGUGCUGCGGCGACCCCAUGUGGGUGCGCUCAGCCGGCCCUGGAGACAGGGAAUCUUUUAACUGAGCCAAUAGGGUACUUGGAAUCAUGUUUCCCAGCCAAGAUUGGCACUCCAAGACAGCCAUCCAUCUGUAGCCACUCCAGAGCCUGUUUGAAGAUCAGAAAGAGCAUCUUUAAUAACCCUGAGCAUUCCUUGAUGGGCCUAGAAGAGUUUUCUCAUGUUUGGAUUUUGUUUGUUUUUCACAAAAAUGGCCAUUUGAACUACAAGGCAAAAGUGCAGCCGCCCAGGCUGAAUGGGGCAAAGAUUGGAGUGUUCUCCACACGGAGCCCUCAUCGCCCUAAUGCCAUAGGGCUGACGCUGGCCAAGCUGGAGAAGGUGGAAGGUGGAGCUGUCUACCUGUCUGGAGUUGACAUGAUAGACGGCACACCUGUGCUAGACAUAAAGCCCUACAUUGCUGACUAUGACUCACCACAGAACUUCAGUGUACACAAUGACCACCAUAAGCUGAGGGCUGAGGCCCAGGCUGACGGCACGGCCAACAGUUGUGACCAGCUGCUGCUCUCAGGGCGUGGGAAAGUACAGCCUCGCCAGAGCACCAAGGAGAGACUGAAAUGCCUUGAAGACAGGACCUCAGGAGAAAACUCUCAGAAGUCCAGAGACAUGUCAGAAAUCCAGCACACUUUGCCAGAAGACAGAGAGAGAGCGUUGGAUCUGGCACUGGAACCAAGCCGAGGUGAGAGCAUGGAUAUGCCCGAAAAUCAGCUUGGCCCACCGGAACUGAAGAGCUUUCUGGAAGAAGGCACAGAUAGACCAAGGAAAGUGGAAGGUGCCUUAGUCCUGCCGGGGGGCAGUGCAGAAACACAGUGGGAUGCUUCCUACCGUGCUGGGACAGCUGACAGAGUGCCCUGCAGUGUUGUCCCCAGCUGGGUGACGGAGGCUCCUGUAGCCCCUUUACAAGUCCGGUUUACUCCUCAUGCAGAGAUGGAUCUGAGGAAGCUCAAUUCAGGAGAUGCUAGUCAGCCGUCUUUUAAAUACUUCCACUCGGCAGAGGAAGCCAGGCGUGCCAUUGAGGCUGUGCUGUCAGCAGACCCUCGGUCUGUGUACCGCCGGAAGCUCUGCGAGGACCGCCUUUUCUUCUUCACUGUGGACACAGCACAUGUCACCUGCUGGUUUGGUGAUGGCUUCGCAGAGGUUGUGAGGAUUAAACUGGCUUCUGAGUCUGUUCAGACUGUGCUCCCUCCCUCCCCCUCUCCCUCUCCCAAAGGAAGAGAAGAACAGUCAUUAGUGGAAGAGGAGGUGCAGCAGAGAGCCGGACCCAGCAGGAGAGCAGCACCUAGAGCCGCUUCAAUGCUCGUGAAGCCCCAGUCCUCUAGCCUGGCCACAAGUGCCCUUACCCACUGGGCCAUCUCACUGCCCCCUCUCCCCCAAGGCCUGGUCUUUUCCUGACUGAAGCUAAGAUUGCU